AUGCCCAUUCUGAUGUACCACCACAAAAUCGGCCGACAUCGACAAGAAGGAAAUACCAACGGGGCACAUAUUAUGCUAAGCCGACCCGAACGUCUCCGAUAUCAAGCUACAUACAACGCAAAACUUCGUUCACUUCAAACCCCUCGCAGGAACUCGAAAAGCGAACCAGCCGAAGCCGAUGCCGAUUGUGGAGUGGGCGAUCAGACCAACAGGCUCAUCCAGAGCGAAGCAUCUCGACACAGAAACAGCUGCCGGGCUCUCAGUGUCAAGUCACUCGAUCCUAAUUUCGAGUUCUACCGGUUUAGUCUCAGCGCGAGUCCCAUUUCCAUUACAGCCGUGUAUUCGAACGAAUGGGCGAGUACUUCUUCGAACUAUUCCCAUGGCUUCCCUGCCGGCAAUCGUCUUGAUCCUGACCGUAUGGGCGAGAUGAAAGAGAGAGAGGCGGAGCUGAUGUUGAAGUUGUCUUUCCUCGACUCGGAGAUGAAGAAUCAGAACGAGUCGGCGGACGGUUGGGUCCAACUUUUCCUCGACGAUAUACAACGGCUCAUUUCGCAAGAGUUGGCGAAGGUACACUCUACCCUCGCAGAAGACCAUGUGCCCUUUCGUGACCGCCAACUGCAUGCGCACCGGCGCCAUAUUGCUGCACUCCAUCAGCAGCGAGAUUUAUUGGAACAGGGUAUGGAAGAUCACAAGAGGUACCUUCAGAUGGAGGCCCCCGACGGCUAUCUUCUCCACUGUUAUCGCAGUGGUGACGGAAUCUCAAACGGAGCCAGGGUGUAUAUUUCCAAAAUUUGUUGA